AUGACGAAUGAAGAAAAAUGUAAGCAAAAAAAAUGUCAACCAGUUUCUUCAGACAAUUGGUUUAAACGCUAUUUUUGUGAUGAUUUUAAUCUAUGUUGUUGUUUAUGGUUAUCGAACAAAAAUAAUUCAGAUUCAAAUGGUGAUGUUUGUUGCUCUUCUGAUGAUUCUGGCAAUAAAUGUGACUGUGAUGGUUGUGACUGUGGUGGUUGUGACUGUGGUGGUUGUGACUGUAAUGGAUGUGAUUGUUAAUUAUAUUGACUAGUUUUUUUUUGUUCAACUCUUUAAUUUGUCAUAAGAAUAAAACACAACUUAAUCAUUUAUUGUUUAAGUCCAUCAAUGGAUGCAGAGAGGUAGAACAUCCAAAUCUUUAGUCAAAGCAAUAGAUUUUAUUUGUUAGUAUUGUGAAAUGUUUUGUUAAAGAAGAUAUUAUUUGUAGAACUUAAUAAAUUUUGCAUUGAAUGUAUAGUCAAGAAAAUAUUAUAAUUUAUUCAUUAGCAUACUCUAUUAUAUGAUUAAUAUUAAAGUAAAUUUCAUGACAACUAUUCGGUCCUUUCAUGAUAUGGUGUUGUUUUCAUCGUGCAUGUCAUAGAACGAGAAUAGAAAAUGAGCCAUUUUUUGUGAUAUUAUCAACAUAUAAAGUUUCUCUCUUCUAGCAUGUGCUAACUAUAGUAGAAAGUAGAUGCUAUAAUUCCAAGGGGUAAAGAUGAUACUUUUAUGUAUUAACCCUUAAAAGCCGAAUGUACCUUCCAAGGGACAUCAGUAUAUUGACAACAGAAGUUAAUACAAGAUGUUCUCGGAAGAAACUAAAAAUUUUCUGAAUUGACAAGACUCUAACGAUCAUAUUGAAACAACAAGAAAAUAAUAUUCCGUUAAAUUUCAUGCAAAACCGAAGAUCUUUCAAAACCAAUCAGUUCCAAAGUAAUUCUUUAUUUUUCAGCUUCC